GCUGACGCUCUCACGUUCUGAUAUAACCUGUACAAGUUCUAUUCUUCAAACGGAACAGAUAGCACUAAUUUUGUAAUCCUUGUCACUCUGAAACAUGAGUCGUUUUUUUGCAACUGGAUCAGACUCGGAAUCUGAUAGCACUCCAGAAGAAGAACAAGUUCAAAGAGCACCGACCACAACCUUCACUUUUAGCGAUGAAGAGGAAGAAACUAAGAGGAUUGUGCGUUCGACGAAGGAGAAAAGAUAUGAAGAAAUCGCCAAUUUAAUUAAGCUCAUAAGAAACUACAAGAAGAUCAAAGAUAUGAGCAGCAUGCUAACUAGUUUUGAGGCUUUGAAGACUGCCUACCAAAAGGCAUUGCCUGUAAUAGCAAAAGAAGAAGGUGGUCAAACGCCACGUUUUUAUAUCAGAUGUCUGGUAGAAAUGGAGGACUUUAUCAUUGACGUGUGGGAGGAUCGUGAAGGUCGCAAGAACAUGUCUAAAAAUAAUUCCAAGUCGUUGACCUCGCUACGUCAGAAGCUCCGUAAAUACAACAAAGAUUUCGAGGAGGACAUAGCAAAAUUCCGGGAGAAUCCUGAUCAGGACGAUGACGAAGAAGAAGAGAAACCUGAGGAACUCGCGGAGUCGGAGGAAGAAGACGACAGUGCGGUUGCCUUCAAGAAAGCUGGAUCGGAAGCAAGCGAGCCGGACACUUCGAAAUUCAAGAAGAGCGUCGCUGAUGGAGACGAUGGAAGCGAGAGCGAAUCCGAUUGGGGCAGUUCCUCGGACAGCGAGAGCACGAGCAGCGAAGACGAAGGACAGUACCAAAAUAUUCGUGAACGAUUCAUAAAGAGAGCGAAGGACGAGGAAGAGGAGGACAAGGCAAAACGGAAGGAACAGCGGAAGGAACGGAAAGAGAAGGAAAGGAAAAAGAAGCGGGACGAAGACGAUGGAGAAGGCGAAUGGGAAACAGUGAAGGGAGGCGUCGCUAUUCCAUCCGAGAAGCCGAAAAUGUUCGCCAAAGACGCUGAGAUCAAUGUAGCUGCUGUCUUGAAGAAGCUAAACGAGAUCAUUGCUGCCCGUGGUAAGAAACGUACCGAUCGCAGGGAACAGAUCGAACUUCUACACGAAUUACAGUCCAUAGCCGACGCUCACAAUCUUGGCCCAGCAGUAGCUGUGAAGAUCAAGUUUUCUAUAGUAUCAUCGAUCUUCGAUUACAAUCCGAAAGUGUCGGACGCGAUGAAGCCCGAAUAUUGGUCAAAGAUACUGGAGCGUAUCACGGAGAUGCUCGAAAUGUUAUUGAGCACGAAGGACAUGAUCAUCGCUGAGGUUGUGUCCGAGGAGGGAGAGGAGUAUGAAACGCCUCCGUACAAGAUACACGGUUGUGUUUUGACAUUGGUGGAACGUUUGGACGAAGAGUUCAUUAAACUGUUGAAAGAACGCGACCCACACAGUAAUGAGUAUGUGGAGAGGUUGAAGGAUGAGAAACAGGUGUCCGCUAUAAUAGACAAGGUUCAAGAAUAUCUGGAGAGGCAGGGAACCGUCUCCGAACUUUGCCGCGUGUACUUGCGUAAAAUCGAGCAUCUAUAUUACAAGUUCGAUCCGAACGUCCUUAAACAAAAAGACGGAGAGCUCGGUUCGGACGUCGUAACAUCCGUGCAAGUCAUGGAGAAACUUUGUAAAUACGUAUACGCUCACGAUAGCACGGACAGGCUCAGAACCCGUGCGAUCCUCUCGCAUAUUUAUCACCACGCCCUCCACGACAACUGGUUCCAAGCUCGCGAUCUUAUCCUGAUGUCGCACUUGCAAGAAACUAUCCAGCAUUCCGAUCCGGCCACGCAAAUCUUGUACAACAGGACGAUCGCUCAUCUGGGCUUGUGCGCGUUCCGCCACGCGAACAUCAAAGAUGCCCAUAACUGUUUGGUCGAUUUGAUGGUCACUGGUAAGGUGAAGGAGCUGCUGGCGCAAGGCCUGCUGCCUCAGAGGCAACACGAGCGCAGCAAAGAGCAAGAGAAGAUUGAGAAACAGAGGCAAAUGCCUUUCCACAUGCACAUCAACCUGGAGCUUCUCGAAUGCGUUUACCUGGUCUCCGCGAUGCUCAUUGAGAUCCCGUACAUGGCUGCGCACGAAUUCGACGCGAGAAGAAGGAUGAUAUCUAAGACUUUCUACCAGCAGCUGCGAUCCAGCGAACGUCAGUCGUUGGUAGGGCCACCGGAGUCGAUGAGGGAGCACGUGGUCGCCGCUGCAAAGGCUAUGCGUAACGGAAACUGGCUGGCUUGCAAUAACUUCAUUAUCAACGAGAAGAUGAACGCGAAGGUGUGGGAUCUCUUCUAUCAGGCUGGCAAGGUUCGCGAUAUGCUUACAAGACUGAUCAAAGAGGAAGCGUUGAGAACGUAUUUGUUCACUUAUUCCCACGUGUACGACUCGAUAUCCAUGCCGAAACUGGCGGAGAUGUUCCAGCUGAAACGACCAAUUGUACAUUCCAUCAUAAGCAAAAUGAUCAUAAACGAGGAGCUGAUGGCGUCGCUGGACGACCCGACGGAGACCGUCGUGAUGCAUCGCAGCGAGCCCAGUCGACUCCAAUCUUUGGCGCUCCAGCUCACUGACAAGGUGAACAACUUCGUCGAUUCCAACGAACGCAUCUUCGAAAUGAAGCAAGGAAACUUCUUCUCGAGAGGGAACCAAGGAAACUUCCGCGACAGGCAAAACUACAAUAGGCAGGAUCGGGAUUGGGGCCGGCAGAGACGCGACCGCGACAGGGAUCGUAAUAGGGAAGACAAUCGAAAUUAUUGAAUCAUAAAUUAAACUGAAUAUUAUUUACGCGGGUGUAAAUAAUGGAAAUAACAGUAUAUAUGACAAGCGUA